AUGGAUAAGUACUCGGAGCUGGGGCUGGAGGCCAUCCAAGUUCAUGGAGGACCUGAACAUGAUCCACCCUCCUGCAGCAGGAGGACAGAGGAGCAAAGCCACCUCCUGAAGCGAGGAGGACAGCAGGAGCAGCUGGGGACUGUAACUCCCACAGACCUCCCAUCAGCUCCGUUAGAAGCCGGCGGGGGAGGCGCGCCGCGAAGCCUCCUCUGCUGUCACAGCCCCUGGGCACCUCCAGGAGCCACUCCGACACAGCUUAACGGGAGCACUGGGGGGCCCUUACGGAUAGUCGGGAGGCCCCUACAGGGUGGCAGGGGGCCCCUUACAGGGAGGCGGGGGGCCCCUACAGGAAGGCAGCAGGCCCCACAGAUGCUCUCCUCCCUCGUGUACAAACACAGGACCCAGGGACCUCAUGGAGUCAGAGCGGAGCCCCCCUCCCGUCCUCCCGGCCCCGGGGACCUCACCCUCCAUCCCUCCCCGCAGUACAAACACUCCCCCGCGGGCCCUGGGACCCUCAGGUGUGUGGCCCUCGGUGGGAGACUCCUCUGA